AUGAACUUCAGUGCAGAACCCUGUGACAAUUUCUACGAGUACGCCUGUGGCAACCAUCGGCAUCUGGAACUGUACCGAUACUCCCGAUUUAACAACUUAGGCGACAUGGGCUACGAACUAGAUGAGAUGGCGAAGGAACUGUUGGGCAGAAUGGAUCUGGCGGAGUCACUGAAUGUUUCGACCGAACUAAGGGUGGCCCAACGAUUCUACAACGCCUGCCUGGCGGCUGAUCUCCAUCCCUUUCCCGCUGCCGAUCCCAAUUACCUGCGGCUCAUUCGGUCGAUCGGGGGUUUUCCCGCUGUCGAUGGUGCAGCCUGGAAUUCCUCCGACUUCAACUGGGUCAACAUGAGCGCCCAUCUGAGCAAUUACGGGGCCAGGGGUCUCAUCCACGAGGCGAUAUCAGGCUUACAGGGAGAUAAGCCGGUCCUGACUCUGGCGGAACUUGGUUUUGACUCCAUUGGUCAGGAGAGAAAUAUUAAGCGAAGGAACUCUUCCCGCCUCCACAAACGAAAUGAGAAGCGCAUGCGCGGAUAUCUCAGGUCCUUUAAUCUGCCUGAGAAUAAGAUUGCAGAAGUGAUCGAAGGUGUUUUUGCAUUUUGGCGUGAGGCAAAAGAGGCGAUGAGAAGUACAAAUUAUGAUCACUUCGUUAUAAACGACGAUAUUACCAGUUAUUCCAAGAUAGCAUUGGACAAGGACGAGGAGCAAAGGUCUCACAGUCACGGCUUCGAGGAAUUCGACAAAGUCUGUGCCCGACACUCUGAGGCUGUGGCUAAUUAUCUGGCCAUGCAGCUACUCUACACAUUCGAUGCUAAUCUGCAGGAUAUCAAGUACCAAAAGGAUUAUUGUGCUGCAACGAUGCGAUCCUCCAUGUGGCUCCUGUUCAAAAAACUCUAUUUGGCAGAGAACUUUACUGGGGAAAAAAGGUUGGAAUUGUCUGAAAUUGUGCAGGAAGUUCGGAACAGCUGGCGAAAGUUGUUCGAGAAAGUGGAUUGGUUGGACUUGGAUACUCGACGGAAGACGCUGCUCAAGAAAUCCUCCUUACCGACACUCUUGGGCUCGAGCGAAUACAACUUACUUACCGAUCGAUUAAUCCAGGAGAUUCGUCGCUUGGAAGUAGUCGACGAUAAUUACGCUGCGACAAUUAUAAAUUUGAUGCGUCUCAAAGUGGACAUACAUCGAUUUAGCAGCCGCCACUCUACGGAGCAGUCUAGCGUCACUGAUGCACAGGAGGCGAUGUUUGGAAUGAAUACCAACUUUAUCAUCUUUGCCGGCAACCUUCAUCCACCCGUUUACCACCACUCUUGGCCGGAUUCGCUGAAAUUCGGUACUUUGGGCUUUAAGAUUGGCCAGCAUCUCACCAUUUCACUGCUUUGGCAUUGGCACAAGGGCUUUGAUCUGAUAUUUAAGAAGCGUAGAGAGUGCCUGAAUACCUUCAUUAAACACCUGCCAAAGAAAAUAUAUCGCCAAUUCAGUGUACUUACCGACAACGGUGGAUUGAAGCAGGCAUUUGAGGCCUAUCGCAGUCACAGAAGGCAGCUUCUGGAGAAUCCUGAACAGAAAGUGACCAGCGAGGAGAUGCCGGAACUCGACCUCUUGCCAGAACAACUCUUCUUUUUGGGAUACGCUCAGCUGGCUUGCUACGGUGACAAUACCCACUGGGAUCGCCGAAAAAGAAACCUGGUUAUGAGUGCCCUGUCCAACAGCGAGGACUUCAUGCAGGCCUUCAACUGUCCCGUGGGAAGUGGAAUGCGUCCUGCGGAGAAAACUUGCCACCUCUGGUAA